AUGCGCGGUCGCCACCUCCUAAAACCCCUGCCCCUCCUCACCCCUAAACCCCCUUCCCGGCCGCCCGCCGCCCACUUCCGCGCCCGUGCCGCAGCCCAUCCGCCAACGCCGCGCCGCGCGCCGCUGGCCGAGCCCGACGUCGGCAUCUCCCGCUUCGCCUCCUCCAUCCCGGGCAUCCGCGGCGCGCUCAAGCAGCGCUGCUCCGACUUCGUCGUCCACGAGGUCUCCCGCGACGGCGCCCUCGUCCGUCUCACCUCCUUCGAUCUCCCCGACGGCGAGGAGAGUGGAGAUAAUGCGGAGGACGGCGACCCCGACGCCGCCGCGAAUCCAUCGCGGGCGCUCGAGUCGUUCCGGCUGCUCUGCGGCGAAGCGGAUUACGACGCGUUGAGGGGAUUCCUGGAGAGGGUUUCUGAGGGAGGGGAUGGUAAUUUGUCGCCAAUCAUUCUGUCAGCUGAUUCAGAUAAGGCCCAUCGAUCGGAGGUGCACGAGUUCAUCAAGAGGAAUUUCAAGUUCCUGAACACGGAUACGGUUGAGCACAGCGAUGGUAUUCAGAAAUGUAUUAGGGUGCGCUUGGGUUCGGGGCCACGUGGUGGGAAAGGAAGGAACAGGAGAGGCAUGGACAGUUCAGGCUGGAGAGAUGACAAGCCGUUUGACAGUAGAGGCUCUACAUCCUGGCCUUAUCACCUGGGGAAGUUUCUGAGGUUUCACCUUUACAAGGAGAACAAGGACACACAAGAGGCACUAGGAGUUAUAGGAAAGAUGCUAGGGGUUCAGCCAAGAUCGUUUGGAUUUGCAGGAACAAAGGAUAAACAUGCUGUUACAACCCAACAGGUGACACUUUUCAAAGUGUAUGCCAGUAGGUUGGCUGCUCUUAAUAGCAAACUCGUAGGUAUCAGAGUUGGAGACUUUAGUUACGCGAAGGAGGGCCUUACUCUUGGUCAACUCAGAGGGAACCACUUUGCAAUUACUUUGAGGAAUGUUAUUGCAGAAUCGGCCGAUGUUAUAAAUGCUGCAGUUAAUGGUCUAAGUAAAAAUGGAUUUAUCAAUUACUAUGGCUUACAGCGCUUUGGCAGCGGUUCUGUACCUACUCACUUUGUUGGUGCUGCUUUGCUUAGAGGAGAGUGGAGACGUGCUGUUAGCUUGAUUCUUGGUACAAGGGUACAUUAUAAAUGGCAUGGUGAUGUUGAUGCAACACUUAGGGGCAUGCCCCGACAUCUCACAGUGGAGAGAGCUAUUCUUCAGAGAUUGAAGAAGUACCCCGGUAACUAUCUACAAGCACUAAUGGCUAUACCUAAAACACUGAGACUGAUGUAUGUACAUAGCUACCAGAGUUACCUAUGGAAUCAUGCUGCAAGUAUGAGAGUGGAAAAGUAUGGUAUUUCACAAGUUGUAGAAGGUGACUUAGUUUACAAAACAGGGUCCUCUCUUGGAGAAGCAACUACCACGGAUACGUUUGAUGAUGGUGAUGAUAGCCAUGCUAAUUCACCUGAAAUGGAAUUGUCUUGUAAAACACUUCCUGAAGAAAUGAUCCAGUCUGUGAAGUUAGUUGAUUCUGAAGAUUUAUUGAAGGCAGUCUACUCGUUUGAGGAUGUUGUCCUCCCUUUGCCUGGGUCAGAAACAUUGUUUCCUGGGAAUGAAGUUGCUAGGAUUUAUCAUGAAAUAGCCAAGAAGGAUGGCAUUAGCCUGAUAGAGAGCGCCCAUGGCAUCAAGGACUUCUCGAUUACAAGCAUGAAAGGAGGUUACCGCCGCGUACUCCAACGCCCUAUUGAUUUUGAAUGGGACCUAAUGACUUACACUAAUGACAAUACACCUUUAGUACCAACUGAUUUAGAUAUUCUAUCAGAAACCCAGUCAUCAGAAACAAAUCAACCGUUAUCUGAUGGGACUUGCAGUUGUCCAUCAAGUGAUUCCAGGUUGCAAGCUUCAUUGGACACCUCUGGACCAACCAUUGAAGCUAGCUCAGUAGAAACCAAAUCAAUUGGCAUCUCAGAUCUGUCACCAGAGAAACUGGCUGUGAAAUUAGAAUUUACUCUACCAGCAUCAUCUUAUGCUACAAUGGCCAUAAGGGAGUUGACGAAAACUUCAACUUUGGCUGCUUGCCAGAAGACAUUAAAUGGCUGA